UAACCAACCAACCGACAUGAAAACAUGCACCCUAACAUGCAACACAGACGGUGUGGUUUGGAUCGGGCGUGUGUGACUGGAGUAAAAGCGGCCACUUUCCCUUCCUGCUUUUUUUCUAACAUUUUCCUCAUUAUUUCACAUUCAAUCGUACAUGUGGUCAAUGCAAGCAGCGGCGUCUCAAGAACUAGACGGUCAUAAAUUGUCGCCUUCUCAAAUGACACGUUCGCUUCGCGUGUUGCUCGUGGGCGGCGGGAGGUCAGGCAUGUCGGGACUGACGACAGAGUGUCGAAAUCCGCAACUCAGUCGUGCCAUUCAUUGCCUUGCCUUCUCGUGUGGUUCUCUUACAGUGCGAAUAUGCCCCGGUAGAACGUGUCUUUCUCCAUCAGUCGGACAAACUGCAUCUGAAAAAGGCACAGACAGACGAACACACCCACUUGACCCAUCCAUUGUUUGGGCGUGAUCUGAUCUUUACCAGUCUCAUCAGGUACACAGUGACCUCGUGCAGCACUUCCGAUCGACGGUCUAUCUGACCGCUAUACAGGUUCCUGGAUGAGCAAAACCAUGCACACACAAUGCGAGCUUACAGUCAAUUCGCGAUUUGCUUUGUGUGUCUGUGUGUGUUUCCUACAUCCACAAGACGUAUCUCAUUUGCCCAAAGACACGGUCGUUCUCGUCCCAGCAACCGUCAAGGGCCACACACAUCUGCAUGCAAUGAGAAAGGUCAAAGGCAUCCCAGCGAGCGGGACACGACCGUGACGUGUGCUUCUGCCUUCGCGGACCCCAAGUACAUAGUUCUUCAUCUCUUGGGUGGCUUGGUUGAACAGCAACUCGCGGGCCUGGGCGUCCAAACGUGAGUGCCGACCGAUUCGCAUGUCUUUCCCUUCCUCUCUCUAUGUGCGUACGCUUUCGUUGAGGAGCUUGUACUUGCAAAACUUCCACACGUCCUCCCAAAACCUCAGGUGGAGAGAGUCCUCACACUGAUGGGGAGAGGGACACACAUGAACGCACGAACACGCAAAUCAUACGCACUCCGCCCGACUUACCUCGACUUUGAGUCUCCUGUUGAGAGCGUACGCAUGGAUCAUGUACCAGUAUAUAUUCAUGGCAAAGCUGUCGCCCCAACUGACGAUGUUGAAACCUGCACAAGCAUUGCAACCAAACACAUCGACAUCUUCUCUUUCUAUCCAUCCCCUCACACAUCUGUGGUGCAUACGAUCUCUCAGCUCGGCCCUGGCAAUUUGGUCCAUCAUCGCCACCAGCCAGUGGAAGGUGAACGAAAAACUCCCGGGGAACAGCAUACACCUUUUCGCACACGGACAAAGCACAUCAAUGUGUCACAAACGGUCUGCUUGCGCUGUCUGCUGACCCACCUGUAGAUGGAGAACCCGAUCUUUCUGCCGAUGGUGUCCAGCUUGAGUCCCCUCCUCUUGAUGCACGCCUCCACCUCUGCCUCGGUGAUCUGCCAUCGAGGGUCAGCCACCAGCCUCUCGUGGUCCCUACGAAACUCCUCGAUGUCUUCCUCAGACAAUAUGAGCCGAAUGCCCUCCGCUUCCGUCUGACAUUCAUUCACACGACAGACAGGGAGGGACACGAUGGAUGGAACACAAAGAAGAUGAAUGCAGCGAGCUGCAAGAUGAAUGCAGAUGCUUUCUUACGACUCACCUCUUCCCACCAAACCUUCGGCUCUGUCUGCUCAUUCACCUCUUCCCACCAAACCUUCGGCUCUGUCUGCUCAUCCACAUCAAGGCCGUCGUCCUCUACUGCUCUUGCUGCCUGCGCCGAAUCGCCAGCGGUGCUGAAUGGACGGCGCAGGCCUCCAGACCGAUCAAAUGGCCGAAUGAGCCGCUGACUGUCGCCCCUGUGCUGGAAGGCACUGCUGCCAGGGAGAAUGAUCUUCCUCGGCGGUGGUGUGAUCGGGAAUGGCGGCUCUGUGCGGGAAGCAAGCGUCGACGACAGGCGAGUCGACAAACGCAGAGGGCUUCGCGAAGACGGCAAGAUCUUCAUCUCCCCUUUUCCCCCCCUCCUUCUUCUAACCUCGCAGCAGAUC